AUGGCCCCCCGGACCCCGCAGCUGCUGCUGCUGCUGCUGCUGACGCCGCUGCUCCGAGGCUCCGCGGCGCGCCCCGCGCCCCGCAGGGCCCUGCGACACUCGGACGGGACGUUCACCAGCGAGCUCAGCCGCCUGCGGGAGAGCGCCCGGCUGCAGCGGCUGCUCCAGGGCCUGAUCGGGAAGCGCAGCGAGCAGGACGCAGAGAACGGCACGGCCUGGACCAAACUCCCCGAGGGCCCGGUCUGCGUGCUGUGGCCCGCCCUGCCCGCCCUGCAGGCCUGGGUGCCCGCCAGGCUGCCCCCGGACCAGGCCUGGUCUCCCUGGCUGUGUCCCAGACUGAGAGUUGCAGCCGUGGCUCCAGGCCCUGCCACGCCUGCCGCGGCCCUGAGGGGGCCUUGA